AUGUUAUGAUCUUCUUUCCUAAUUCCACCCUUAUUAUCUUUAGCAAUCACUGUGAUUCCUGCAAUGGCCAAAUCUGAGGAGGCAGAAAAAGAAACUGUGGCCAUGUUCACAUCACUAUCCCUGUGGAGGAUUGAUCUUUGGUAGCUUUUUCCUGUCACACCAAAACUACACCCCACAAGGAAUACAAGGAAACACCAGCAAUUAUCUUUUGAUCUCUCUAUUCUUCUUCUUCUUCUUCUUCAUUCCUCCAUUUCUGCUUUCUUCCCCACCAAACUCCAAAACAAAGGUAAGAGAAAGAAGAAGAAGAAGAAGAAGAAGAAGAAGAAGGCAUGUCCAAGUUAUGGACUUCUUGCAAUGCCGGUCUCCUUCUGGCCAUCCUCUUGGAUGACUUCCUCUCCUUCUGCACCUUCUUGACCUCUCAUCCAUUGCAUUUGGCCUACCUGCUCUUCUUCUUUCCUUACCUUGCCCAGUUACUCUCAUUCCUCUCUCCUCUCCUCCUCUCCACUGUAGUCCUCCUCUUGGUUCUCCUUACCAUCUCCCCCUACCUCGAUGAGGCGCCCCCUGCGGCGCCACCCGAGUUCGUCGGUAAAACUUGCUGCAUUGUCCUCAGCAUUCUAAAGGACAACCUCCAUGGCAAUGGGAGGAUCGACCAGUUAGACCAAUUUGCGUCGAUAAUUCUCUCAUCGAUCGAUGAUGCCAGUCCAAGCUCGCAGGAGAGUGCCGCGCAAGCACUGUUCGGCGAGUUCUUUGAGGAUGCUUGUUCAGAUCCAGAAGCAGAGGAGAAGUGUUUGGCUUCUGCUGUUGGGGGCGGAGGAAGCAGUUUGGAGGAGACUCCUACUGAUGUCGCUUUGGGCAUUUCCGCCACAGAUGGUGAGCACCAGGUAGCCAAUUCUGGGACCGGAAUCCUAUGCGGGGCAACUGAAGCACAAGCAAAAGGAAUGCCGAAUGCUCGAGAAGUCCUUGGCUCACAUCGGGAGUUUGCAGAGCCCAAGCGGGACGAAGACAGAGCAGAGCAUCUAACAGAAUCUAUGACCAUCGAGAGGCUUCAGAGUUAUGGAUCGAUAAGGAAGGAAAAAGAGUGGAAGAGGACGCUGGCUUGCAAGCUGUACGAGGAACGAAUGACGUACAAGCUGUGCAAGGAACGAAAGGUGGCGGAAGGUGGCGAAGAGAUGGAUCUACUCUGGGAGGCUUACGAGGCCAAUGCUAGUGAGACUGAUACCAAGAAGAAGGAGAAGAAAGCAAGGAGAGUGGAGCUUGAAGAAGAGGAAGAGGAAGAGGAAGCGGAAGAGGACGAGGAAGAGGAAGCAACAACUGGACAAUUGUGCUGCCUUCAAGCAUUGAAGCUAUCAGCUGGAAAGAUGAAUCUGGGAAUGGGGAAACGAAAUCUGAUGAAGAUAUCUAAAGUUCUGAAAGGAAUGAGGAUGUUCCAUGUGGGUAGUAGAAAGAGCACCAAAGCAUAAAAUCUAGCUCAGAAGAAAUAAUUUGUGAAGACUGUAAAAAGGAGGCACAGUUAUGAGAAUCUCACUCUCACUCUCUCUCUCUCUCUCUCUCUCUAAAAAAAGAUCUGAUUGCACUUUGAAGCAGCAUCCACAGUCUGCUACUGAUGGUUCUUGCCUGCAAUUCAUCUGUGUUCUAGUGAUCCUCACUUGAAGGUGCUGUGGAGUUUGUAAAAAGGAAGUAUAGUCAUAGAAUGCCAUUUCUCUCUACACAAGAUUUUGGUUGCUCUUAGAAAUGGUACCUAAGUCUGUUGCUGAUGUUUCCUUCAUGCAAUUCAUCUGUGUUCCAGAAAUGCUUUCUUUCAUGAGA